AUGUCACCUCUCUGUCGCCUUCCCGUCACCUCCCCGUCACCUCCCUGUUGCAUCCCCAUCCUCUCCCCGUCGCCUCCCCAUAACCUACGCAUCGCCUCCCCAUCCCCUCACCGUCGCCUCCCCGUCGCCUCCCCGUCGCCUCCCCGUCGCCUUCCCGUCACCUCCCCAUCACCUCCCCGUCGCAUCCCCGUCCCGUCCCCGUCGCCUACCCGUCGCCUCCCCGUCACCUUCCCGUCGUCUCCUCUUCGCCUUCCCUCCUCCACCCGCACCCGGUACGUCACUCACUCCCCGCACCCAGUCCGCCACCCGUACCCCGCACAUGGUCUGCCGACCGCACCCCGCACCCAGUCCACCACCCAGCACCCUGUAUGCUACCCGCACCCCGCAACCCUCAGGCUCCCCGCACCCAGUGAGGCAACCCACGUCCCCCCCCAGAUAGAAGGCCCUGCAGCCUUCCCGUCACCUCCCCGUCACCUCCCUGUCGCAUCCCCGUCCUCUCCCUGUCGCCUCCCCAUAACCUACGCGUCGCCUCCCCCAUCCCCUCACCGUCGCCUCCCCGUCGCCUCCCCGUCGCCUUCCCGUCACCUCCCCAUCACCUCCCCGUCGCAUCCCCGUCCCGUCCCCGUCGCCUACCCGUCGCCUCCCCGUCACCUUCCCGUCGCAUCCCCUUCGCCUUCCCGUAACCUCCCCGUUGCCUCCUCGUCUACCCCCCCCCCCCCCAACCCCCUACGUCACCCGCGCCCAGUCCUCCACCCGCACCCGAGUUCUGCCCCCUGCCCUCCACAGCAGUUCAUUCGGAACUCCCUCGCCCUUCUCCCCAUGAUUCACUCGCUCCUCAUGGCCGCCUUCCAUCCGUUCCUCUCUCCUUGGCCCUUUCCAUUCCUUCCCUGGCCUCUCGGGCCCGUUCCGCGCCAUACGCCAAACUUCUGCCCUCCAUUCUGCUCUCCUGCUGAUUCCAUCUCGUCUCGCUGCGCCUCUCCCUCGGGCCCCUCCACUCCUCUGCCUGCUCCCAUUGUCAAGCUGGCGAGUUGUACGCCUUCUUCCAUCCUCCUUGGCUCGUCUCGUGCCGUCGCUGUCUUUCCGGCGAAGGUGACCACGCGUCUUCCCUCCUGCCACGCUGUCGGUGGUGCUCUGGUGAGCGCUUCUCUCUCUGCUAGCGGCGCAUGUCUGGCGACCGGGACCCACCGCUAG